CCAUUUCCUCAAAAUAGUCCGACAUUUUGUUCAAAUGUUUCAAUGCUCUAGAGUAUUCACCGUGAAUUCUUCACUCAAAUAACGAAAUCAGAACAGCCAUGAAGUGUAUUAUCGGAAAAUGGCUUAUCGUUCUUUGGAUGUUUUUUUUCUCGCAAACGAUCGGAAAAGCAGAUAGGAAUAAUAACGAAAUAGACAAAUGUAAUUUGUCGAAUGAUUUAAAAAACGAGAUUAAAACAUAUGAACCGAUGGUACAUAAUAUUAUUAACGAAGCUCUAAAUGGAACUUUCAAAGGACGAACGUGGCAAGAGCUAGCAGAUUUUGUGGAUAAUUUUGGACCCAGGUUUACCGGUACGCAGGUAUUGGAAGAUUCGAUCGAUUAUGUUCUAAAUAAGUCGCAAUCUUAUAAAUUGGAAAAUGUUCACGGAGAGAUUGUUAAAGUUCCUCAUUGGGUGAGAGGCUUUGAAUCUGCGACGCUUAUCCAACCAAGAACGAAAAACAUCGCAAUCCUAGGAUUAGGAUACAGCGUUGGUACUCCGAAAGAAGGGAUAACAGCUAGUGCCAUAAUCGUGGAUAGUUUUGCAGAACUCGAGAGUAGAGCGAAUGAGGUACCUGGCAAGAUUGUCGUAUUCAACGAAAAAUAUGUUACAUAUGGCGAAACUGUUAAAUAUCGUUCCUCCGGAGCGUCGAAAGCUGCUCAAUUUGGCGCAGUUGCAGUUCUCAUCAGAUCGGUAACACCGUUUUCGCUAUAUACACCACAUACAGGUAUGAUGAAUUAUGCUGAAAACGUCACCAAAAUACCAGCGGCUUGUAUUACAGCCGAGGAUUCCACCCUUUUUAGAAGGAUAGCUAAUAGAGGUAAAAAUAUAGUAAUACGUUUAAAAAUGGAUGCACGCAAUUUGCCAGAUAAAGAAUCUAGAAAUGUUAUCGCUGAGAUAAGCGGUAGAGACAAACCGAAAGGUGUUGUGGUAGUAUCAGGGCAUAUAGACAGUUGGGAUGUGGGUGAAGGCGCAAUGGACGAUGGAGGUGGUGCUUUUAUUUCCUGGAAUGCCUUGCAGUUGUUGAAACAACUUAAUUAUCGACCUCGUAGAACUAUCAGGAUGAUUAUGUGGACUGCUGAAGAAAUGGGAUUAAUUGGAGCAGGCCAAUACGUGAAACAGCACAAAUCUGAAGAGAAGAAUUUGCAGUUCGUUAUGGAAUCGGAUAUUGGAACAUUUACUCCUUUGGGUAUUGAAUAUACUGGUAUACCCUACGUGGGAUGUGUUUUGCAAGAAAUUUUGAAACUAAUGUCCCCCUUGGGAGAGAUGAACGUGCGCACACCCAAUGGUGGACCUGAUAUUUCCUAUUGGAUUAAAGCUGGCGUGCCUGGUGGAUCUCUUUGGAAUAAAAAUGAUCAAUAUUUUUAUUAUCAUCAUACAAACGCAGAUACUAUGCUAGUGGAAGAUCCAGAAACUCUCGACAUGGGCACGGCUUUGUUUGCUGCAGUAUCUUACGUUUUAGCUGAUAUAAGCGUAGAUCUACCUCGGCACAAAUGACUUGGAUUCCUUUCAAAAUGAAAAAUAGAUGUAGACGAAUAUAACAAAUGCUUGGACAAGACGACUUUCGGUUAGGCUAUAAUAUCGCUCGUUUCUUAAAUUGGUCUUUCCGGUCAACGGACAAUAAAUAAUACGUACGAUCCCUUUUGUAAUCUUUCUAAUCUUUAUAUUGUAAUGAAGAAAUAUAUAAUGCGUUAUCAA